AUGACUAUUAAUAGGGUAACAAUAGCUAGAUUAUUGAAAACUGCAAAAGAUUUUGAUGCAGUCGGAUUAAUAAUUAUAAGUUAUUAUUUAAGGUUAUAUCUUGUAGAGAAAAUUUUGAAUGAGGUUAAUAGACCUGAGGAGUUGACUGAAUUAGCAUCUAAUUUGUUAGAUAGUAUUGAACAAUUUAAGACUGGUGUGUUAGCGUCUGAUGAUAAUGAUGGGGAAAAUAAUGUUAAAUUGUUAAUUAACGAUCAGGAUAAGGCAAAGGUAUAUUUUAUUAAUUUUGCAAUGAAUCUGUAUAAUCAAAAAUUAGAACAACUGUCAAAGGUCACGGACAACCAAAAUAAGGAGGAAAAUGUUAGUAUCAGUGGUAAUAAUAAUGUUGAACAAGAUUUAAAGCGUGGAUUUUGGUGUUGUAUUGAUCUAUUUAAAACAAUUUUGCACAUGUGGAAUUUUGAUUCUGUAUCAGAAAAUAAUGGUGGUAUUGAAGAACAGCAACAGGAACAGCAACAGGAACAGCAACAGGAACAGCAACUUAUACAGAAAAGAUUGAAAUAUUGUAAGUUGUACUUAAGUAAGAUUGCUAAAGGGAAAUUGAAUAAUAAGGCAAAUGGAAAGGUUAUUGAAAGUUCACCAGAGACUCUUCAUCUUAAAGAAGAUAACUAUAAGGAAGAACAAUCAAAUUCGAUAGAGGACGAACAAAAAAAACAAGAGAAGAAAGAAAAAGGAGGAAAAGGAGGAGAGAUAAUUGGACAGGAAACUGGUAUAUCAAAUGAUGAACAUGAUGACGAUAUAAAUGAAGAGCAUAAUAGCAUAGAUGGUAUCGAUAAUAGUGAUUCGAAUUUUCAACUACCCCCUGUUCCAACUGAUGUGCCAGAUAGGAAAUUAGAAUUAAUAAAUCCUGAUGUUGAUAGUGAAUAUGAAAUGGAACACAAGACUUUGGGAUAUGAGGAAGAAACAAAAUGUAGCAACGGGGAUACUUCCUUGGAUGGGGUUCAGUCACAUCAUUAUAAUAAUCAUCAUCAAUAUUCUAAGGAUGAAUUGGUAGAAAUGAUGGAUCAAGCUUCGAAAAUAGAAAAGAUACAAAAAUUGGCUAAAUAUGCGAUAAGUGCGUUAAAUUAUGAGGAUAUUGUCACUGCAAAAGAUCAAUUAAAGGAAGCGUUGGAUUUAUUAAAUACUUUAUAG